CCCGGUGCGCCCGCGUCGGCUGGGUAUUUUGGCCCUCGGAGGGACCCGUAGCCGCCGCCUCUGCCGGCGUCCGUAACCGGGAAACCCGGCGUCCGGCGCUGCAGGUUGUGGUCCGCGAUGUCUGCCGAGGACGCCCGGCACAGGGCAGAGUCCUCCGAGGCCCGUGCGGCCGCGGUCAGCGGCAUCCAGGAGCUGAUGCGACGCAAGGAGGAGAUCGAGGCGCAGAUUAAAGCUAAUUACGACGUCCUGGAGAGCCAAAAAGGAAUCGGGAUGAAUGAACCUCUGGUGGACUGCGAGGGCUAUCCCCGGGCAGAUGUGGACCUGUACCAGGUCCGAACAGCAAGGCACAACAUCAUCUGUCUACAGAACGAUCACAAGGCAGUGAUGAAGCAGGUGGAGGAGGCCCUGCACCAGCUACAUGCCCGGGACAAGGAGAAGCAGGCCCGGGACGUGGCUGAAGCCCUAGAAGAGGCCAGGAGCCGCAGUCUGGGCUCCAACAGCCCCGCCCUCCCCCAGGCCUUCGCCAAAGUGAACAGUAUCAGCCCCGGUUCCCCGGCCAGUAUUGCGGGCCUGCAAGUGGAUGACGAAAUUGUGGAGUUCGGCUCUGUGAACACCCAAAACUUCCAGUCGCUGCAGAACGUCGGCAGCGUGGUGCAGCACAGUGAGGGGAAGCCCCUGAAUGUGACGGUGAUCCGCAGAGGAGAGAAGCAGCAGCUCAGACUGACUCCGAUGCGCUGGGCAGGAAAAGGCCUGCUGGGCUGCAACAUCAUUCCUCUCCAGAGAUGACUGUCCCCAGGGACCUGCAAGAAAGCUGCCUUCAGCCGGGCCCUCCCCUCGGGCCUGGUAGGGAUUUCCUCGUUCUCUGCGGUCUCUGAGGUGUAAGGAUCUGGAAGAGAGCGGCGAAGCCUGAACAGACGUGGAGGAAGUGCUCUGGCCGCCUGGUGUACUCUCUGCAUUGAGGCAUUAUUAAAAAUGUGAUUUGUGCCUAGC